AGGGAGUUGACGUAAUCUCUUCGGUAAAUCAAGACAAUCUACCAAUUCUUCUUCUCGCUAAUUUGCAGAUAGGCGUCCGCCGUUCAUCUGUAAGGGAGACUAAAGCAGUCAACGAAGUGGUCGUUUCCAAAUACAAAUCCUUCCGCCGGAGGAUACCGCUAUAAUGGGUGUUUUUCACGGAAAUGGACUUUAUAGCAGUUUCCUUGCGCACAGAUUCUGAUAGAAACAACAAAUUUUGACGCUUGCUAGCUAGCGUUAGUUCUCGCCACUGUCCGGUGGUUUUGGUUUUGUCUUUUGCAAGAGUCUCCAAGCGAGGGAUAUACACAAGGGAUCUUACAGGGAGACGGACUUAAACUGCAAACAUGUCUGGGGCGUCUGUGAAAGUCGCUGUUCGAGUUCGACCCUUCAACUCGAGGGAGAUCAGCAAGGAGUCAAAAUGUAUCAUUCAGAUGCAAGGCAACACUACAACUAUCCUCAACCCCAAAGCCCCAAAGGAACCAGCAAAGACCUUCAGUUUUGAUUACUCCUACUGGUCUCAUACCUCUCCCGAUGACCCCUGCUUUGCCUCACAGAACCUUGUUUACAAUGACAUUGGAAAGGAAAUGCUGCAGCAUGCUUUUGAGGGUUAUAACGUCUGCAUCUUCGCUUAUGGCCAGACAGGAGCUGGCAAAUCCUACACCAUGAUGGGCAAGCAGGAGGAGGGGCAGGAAGGAAUCAUUCCCAUGCUGUGUGAAGAUCUGUUUGAGAAGAUCAAUGAGGACGGCAACAAAGAGGAGCUCUCCUACUCAGUAGAGGUCAGUUACAUGGAGAUCUACUGCGAACGCGUCCGAGAUUUGCUCAACCCCAAGAACAAAGGGAACCUACGAGUCCGAGAACACCCGCUGUUGGGUCCCUAUGUAGAGGAUCUGUCCAAGCUAGCUGUCACCUCCUACACAGACAUCGCUGAUCUGAUGGAUGCAGGCAACAAGGCCAGAACUGUGGCUGCCACCAACAUGAAUGAGACCAGCAGCAGGUCCCAUGCUGUUUUCACCAUUGUCUUCACUCAGAGGAAACACGACAGCGAGACGGACCUCUCCACAGAAAAGGUCAGUAAAAUUAGUCUGGUAGACUUGGCAGGCAGUGAGCGAGCAGAUUCAACUGGAGCUAAAGGUACCAGGCUAAAGGAGGGAGCAAACAUCAACAAGUCUCUCACCACGUUAGGAAAGGUUAUCUCUGCCUUGGCUGAAGUGGAUAAUUGUACCAGCAAGAGCAAGAAGAAGAAGAAGAGUGAUUUCAUCCCAUACAGGGACUCUGUUCUGACAUGGCUGUUGAGGGAGAACCUCGGUGGGAACUCCAGAACAGCCAUGGUAGCUGCCCUCAGUCCUGCAGACAUAAACUACGAUGAAACCCUCAGCACUCUGCGCUAUGCUGACCGCGCCAAGAACAUCAAAUGCAAUGCUGUCAUCAAUGAGGAUCCCAACAAUAAGCUGGUGCGCGAACUGAAGGAUGAAGUGGCCCGGCUGAAGGAACUGCUCCGUGCCCAGGGCCUGGGAGACAUUCUGGACAUUGAUCCUAUGGGGGAUGAUUGCCCAGGAAGUGGAAUCAAAUACCUCAAAGACAUUCAGAACAAUAAGAAUAGAUACUUGAUAGCCUCAGAGAACCAACGCCCUGGCCAUUUCUCCACAGCCCCUAUUGGUUCCCUGACAGCCUCGCCGUCCUCUGGCUCGCUGUCCAGUCAGGUGGGCCUUCAGUCAGUCACCAGCAUCCAAGAGCGCAUCAUGUCCACGCCUGGAGGGGAGGAGGCCAUUGAAAGACUCAAGGAAUCAGAAAAGAUCAUUGCUGAGCUCAAUGAAACCUGGGAGGAGAAACUGCGAAAGACUGAGGCAAUCCGCAUGGAGAGGGAGGCUUUGCUUGCAGAGAUGGGCGUGGCAAUCCGUGAAGAUGGAGGCACUUUGGGUGUAUUCUCUCCUAAAAAGACCCCACACCUGGUUAACCUGAAUGAGGAUCCUCUCAUGUCUGAGUGUCUGCUCUACUACAUCAAAGACGGAAUUACAAGAGUGGGUCAGGCUGAUGCAGAGAGAAGACAGGACAUUGUUUUAAGUGGUGCUCAUAUCAAGGAAGAACACUGCUACUUCCGCAGCGAAAGGAAUGCCAAUGGAGACGUUAUUGUCAUGCUGGUGCCCUGCGAGGGAUCAGAGACCUACGUCAACGGCAAGCGUGUUGAGGACUCGAUCCAGCUUCGUUCAGGCAAUCGCAUCAUUAUGGGAAAGAACCACGUGUUCCGGUUCAACCACCCAGAGCAGGCCAGAGCCGAACGGGAGAAGACGCCAUCGGCUGAAACCCCCGUGGAGCCCGUUGAUUGGACAUUUGCUCAGAGAGAACUCCUGGAGAAACAGGGCAUUGACAUGAAGCAAGAAAUGGAGAAAAGACUCACUGAGAUGGAAAUCUUGUACAAAAAAGAGAAGGAAGAAGCCGAUCAGCUUCUGGAGCAGCAGCGACUGGUUUACGAGAGCAAAUUGCAGGAACUUCAGAAACAGGUGGAGACUCGCUCACUGGUAGCUGAGACACCCGAUGAAGAAGAGUUGGAGGAGGAGGAGGAAGAGGAAGAGCCUAAACUCCUUGGAUUGCCGUGGACUCAGCAUGAGUUUGAGCUGGCUCAGUGGGCCUUCAGGAAGUGGAGGUACCAUCAGUUCACCUCCCUUCGAGAUCAGCUGUGGGGAAAUGCCGUCUACCUAAAAGAGGCUAAUGCCAUCAGUGUGGAACUGAAGAAGAAAGUCCAGUUCCAGUUUGUCUUGCUGACAGACACACCGUACUCGCCACUGCCCCCUGAGCUCCUUCCCCCAGAGCCAGAGAAAGAUCGUGACCCGAGGCCUUUCCCUCGCACCGUGGUCGCUGUAGAGGUUCAAGACCUGAAGAAUGGAGCCACGCACUACUGGUCCCUUGAAAAACUCAAGCAGAGGCUGGACCAGAUGAGAGCGAUGUACGACCGCGCUGGAGAAAUUGCCUCCACGCACCAGGAGGAUUGCGAGGGCACUCUGACAGGAAACGACCCCUUCUAUGACCGUUUCCACUGGUUCAAACUCGUGGGGAGCUCCCCCAUCUUCCACGGUUGCGUCAAUGAGCACCUGGCUGACCGCACGCCCUCUCCUACUUUCUCCACCACCGACUCGGAGAUCACGGAGAUGGCGGACGAGCGUCAGAGCGAGAUGUCUGAUUUGAUCGACGACGAGGCGUUCGUGGACGACACGAGCUCAGACGCCGGCACCGAGGAGGGCUCGGACAUCUUCAGCGACGGCCAGGACCCCUUCUACGACCGCUCCCCCUGGUUCAUCCUGGUGGGAAGAGCUUUUGUGUACCUGAGCAACUUGCUGUACCCUGUACCUCUGGUUCACCGUGUUGCCGUAGUAACAGAGAAGGGCGAGGUGCGUGGCUUCCUGCGUGUGGGGGUCCAGGCUAUAGCUGCUGACGAGGAAGCUCCAGACUACGGGUCAGGAGUGAGGCAGUCAGGAACCGCCAAGAUUUCCUUUGAUGAUGAAUACUUCAAAAAGAAUGACUUCCCCUCCAAGGUCAUAACCCGCUCUGGGUUGUCCCUGGAAGAGCUGCGCAUUGUAGAGGGUCAGGGUCAGAGUUCAGAGGUCAUCACACCCUCAGAGGAGCUCAACAGAAUCAAUGACAUGGACCUCAAGCUGGGUAACAUUGGAGAAACCAAACUAGGUCAUGGUGAUGAUCUGGCAAGCCACUUGGAGGUGGGCAGCGUCUUUACCUUCCGUGUCACUGUGCUCCAGGCCAGCGGCAUCCCGCCUGAGUAUGCUGACAUCUUUUGCCAAUUCAAUUUCUUGCACCGUCACGAUGAGGCUUUUUCUACCGAGCCUCUGAAAAACACUGGCAAAGGAGCUCCUCUGGGCUUUUACCACGUCCAGAAUAUUUCUGUCGAAGUUACAGAGUCUUUUAUUGAGUACAUCAAGAGCAAGCCCGUCGUGUUUGAAGUGUUCGGCCACUACCAGCAGCACCCGCUGCACCUCCAUGGCCAGGACGUGAUCAGUCCUCCAACACCAUCCAGGAAAUACUAUCCUAUUCCCAUGCCUCUGUCCAAACCAGUUCCAGCCACCAAGUUGAACACCAUCACCAAAUCCAACCUGGGUCAGUGUGUCAGCAAGUACGACCUGCUGGUCUGGUUUGAGAUCAGCGAGCUGGAGCCCACUGGAGAGUACAUCCCAGCCAUCGUGGAUCACAGUGGAGGCCUGCCCUGCCAUGGUACCUACCUGCUGCACCAGGGGAUCCAGCGGAGGAUCACAGUGACCCUCAUCCACGAGAAGGGCAGCGAGCUCCAUUGGAAGGAUGUUCGCGAGCUGGUUGUAGGUCGUAUCAGGAACAAGGCUGAAGUGGACGAUAGCGCAGCCGAUGCUGUCCUGUCCCUUAACAUCAUUUCUGCCAAGAACAUCAAGUCAUCCCACAACAACAACAGGCUUUCUAUUGAUAAGGAUAUUGAUAGGACUUUCUAUCGCUUUGAGGCAGUGUGGGACAGCUCCCUGCACAACUCCCUCCUGCUCAACCGCGUCACUCCCUAUGGAGAGAAGAUCUACAUGACCUUAUCUGCGUAUCUGGAGCUGGACCAUUGCAUCCAGCCUGCCAUUAUCACCAAAGAUAUCUGCAUGGUCUUUUACUCCCGAGACGCCAAGAUUUCCCCACCUCGUUCUCUCAAGAACCUCUUUGGGACUGGAUACUCCAAAACUCCUGACUGCAACCGAGUGACUGGGAUCUACGAGCUGAGCUUGUGUAAGAUGUCUGACACUGGAAGCCCAGGGAUGCAGAGGAGGAGGAGGAAGGUCCUGGACACAUCAGUGGCUUACGUGCGUGGAGAGGAGAACCUGGCAGGCUGGAGGCCCAGAGGAGACAGCCUCAUCCUAGAGCACCAGUGGGAGCUAGAGAAGAUGGAGCAGCUGCAGGAGGUGGAAAAGACCCGUCACCUUCUGGCGCUGAGGGAGAAGCUGGGAGAGGCGGCUCCCGUGGGAACAGCUCCCACCACAAAGUCCCUGAGCGAGUCACUGUCCAGCAGCAUGAGCUCCGGCACUCUGUCCACGUCCACCUCCAUCUCCUCGCAGAUCUCCAGCACCACCUUUGAAAGCGCCAUCACGCCGAGCGAGAGCAGCGGCUACGAUUCCGCCGACAUCGAGAGCCUGGUGGAUCGUGAGAAGGAGCUGGCCACCAAGUGCCUGCGCCUUCUGACACACACCUUCAAUAGUGAAUACAACCAGCUGGUGAACAGCAUCAGUGACUGCAAGCUUUCUGACAUCUCACCGAUCGGACGUGAUCCAUCCGUGACGAGCUUCAGCAGUGCCACCCUCACCCCUUCCUCUACCUGCCCCUCUCUGUCGGACUCCCGCUGUGGCUCCAUGGACCAGAAGACCCCUGAGAACAGCUCACGUGCCUCCAGUCCCUCCUUCUCAGACUAUGAAAACUUCCCAAUGGUUCCCACUCUGGAGACCUCCUACCUUGCGCGGGCUGCAAAGAACGAGUUCCUCAACUUGGUGCCUGAUAUUGAAGAAAUGCGACCAGGAUCUGUUGUGUCCAAGAAGGGUUUUCUAAGCUUCAUGGAGCCUCGCUCUAACUCAUGGGUGAAGCAUUUUGUGGUUGUUCGCCGGCCCUACGUCUUCAUCUACAACAGCGACAAGGACCCCGUGGAGCGAGGCGUCCUCAACCUCUCCACAGCACAGGUGGAAUACAGCGAAGACCAGCAGGCCAUGCUUAAGACGCCCAACACAUUUGCAGUGUGCACAAAACAUCGAGGCAUCCUCCUGCAGGCCAACAACGAGAAAGACAUGAACGACUGGCUGUACGCUUUUAAUCCUCUGCUAGCAGGAACGAUAAGAUCUAAGCUGGCGAGGCGGCGCAGCGGCCUGACGAAGAACUGAGCAGGCGGAGCGGUACGCGGGAAAACCACCGCUUCCAUCCUUUCUGAAAAGCCUUUGAAAAUACCGAAAAUACCAAGUGUUAAAACUUAUUAAUCAUUGUGAUUCUUGACGGUUUUCUCUUGUAAGUAGACUUGUGGCUUAAGUCUCUUUUCAUGCGACUAAAACGUUUAAGUUCCACAGAACUUUUGCCUCCCUGCUUCCCUCCAGCAACCCCGCUGCCAACUUAGCUUUCCUCCUCUCUAUUCCCUCCCCUCAGCUUUUUGUGUUUUCGUUUCAAUGACAAUGUUUGGGUCUAAUUUCGUUCCGCUUUGUUGUCAUUCCCAAACUCCCCUAACUAAGUAGCAUGUUGUAGUAGUCUACUUGUGUGUGCACGACUCUUUAGAAACUUUCCGUUUGCCAAUCAUCUGUACAAAAAAAAUGUCUCUAUCAGUGUUAUUUGUCUCCUGAAAUGAGUUUCAUUCUAUUUUUGGGGUUUUUUUGUUGUUGGUUUUUUAUUAAAUUAACAUGCUUGCAUGAUACCUGCAGCAGUCCUCAGUUUAAAACAAAAAACAAAAAUUAACCAAAUCAGCCAGCUUACAUUUGAAAUCAUGAAGGAAAAAUCUACAGAUCUCUCCAAGUGACGUGUUAGUUUAUGCUCUGCUACCUAAACUAUAGCUGCUAAUAGAUUUAUAGGGUAUUUUUCUUCUCGGAGUGAGAUUUGCAUCAGGCUGAACCGUCUCUGAAACAAAAACUCAAAGUGGGAAUGAAAUUUGACAGGAGGGCCACGCCAGAUUUCCACUGUCAUCCACGUCAUACUUAGAUCCUCCUCAAUCUGUGUACAUACGCCAUCUCUAAACCCCCGAUAGUGCCAGUGUCAGUAAAAUACUCAUGCAUUUGUGUUAACAUAAAAACUGCAGACUAACUAGAGACAAACAAGCAAGGAACGCUUCAUAUCUCAGCAGUUUAAAAGAAUCAUAGUGAGCUAUUGUUCCUGCAGGAGUAGAUUCGGGCCCCUUUUGCUUUUUCAUCCCAAGGAAAAAAAACGGGGUUACAAGGAGAUGAGGAGGAGGAGGAGGAGGAUGAAAAUGAACUAAAGAGAGAACUUGAUUUGUACAUACGGUCUGUUCCCGGGAUCAGUGUGGUAGUUAACCCUCAUUUAACACAUCCCUCUCUGCUCCUCUAGCUCGCUCUAACUCGCUGAGAAUCAGAAAGCCUUGACAUUUACUGCUAUUAAUGUCACACUCUUGUUAUAAAGAUGCAAAGAAAAUGCGGUGAAACAGUUAGAAGGACGUACGAAAAAAGAAUGAAGGUGCAAUGUUUCUUUAGUUUUUUUGCUUUGACGCCAGUGGUUAGCCAGCAAAGCUGCUUUUAAAUGGCCCGCAGGACAGAUUACGAUGUAGUCCCAUGACUCCCCUCGCUCUCACACCAGUGUCGGCUGAAAUCUCUGAAGUGAAGUACUCGUGUUCAGCAGCACCACAGGGAACCAUGUGUUCAUUUUUCUAUUCUUAUUCUUGAAUCAAAACCUCAUCUAACUCUCAUUGUGUUCAUAUUUUUUUUAUUUUAACAUUUUUUUUUUUCUUAUGCUUUUAAUCAUUCCACAAUGAAGGUUUCUAUGAAAUGUAACAGAGGGCAUUUAUUUCUUAAUUUUUUUAACCUUAUUUUGCACAUUAACACAUAUCUAUAGCAAGGACAGAGACACAGCCACAUAUGUUGAGUCCAGGAUUGUAUCUGAGCAUCAGGAACAAAUGAUAAGAGCACAUAUCAGGAGUACACUGGAUAGCUGUUUCUCAAAGGGUUUAAUAGAAGGAAAGAAGUUAAAGGGACUACAUAUUCAAAGGUCUUAUUUCUGAUACUACCCCAUGAAAAUAUUUGCUCUGUGUGCCGUGCUGCAGCUGCUACAUUCAGCUCCGGAUUCACUUUUUGGCGCCUACGCCUCCCGAGAUGUGUUAAUGCAGACAGGCAUUAAAAAACUCUGGUCAACCAACCAGCUGUAUGCCUGCUGUGUCAUAUGAAAUGCGCGGAAGGAGAGGCACCAACUGUCUGUUACAUAUAAAUAAAAAAUAAAGCUCUGAGGUGACCUCGGGUCAGCCAGCCUGACGGUCAGAGAAACAGAAACGUGCUGGAUUGGGGAUCUCUGAGCUGCACAUCAAAGAUGCACCUAUGCACAGAUCAAAUCUCAAAAGUGCAAUGUACCUCAUAUACAUGUUGAUGCGAAGCGCUGCCAGAGCAAACGUUUUCACUUCAUUUGCAGAGGUGUUUUUAUUUUGGAUUGUGUAUUUAUUGUUUGCAAUGUAUAUAUAUUAGUUUGCAGCUCUUUGCACAUAUUAAUAAAAGGUUCAACUAACUGAUCAAAUAAAGUCUGUGCGGUUUAGUUGUUCCACUCAUAUUAAACCAAAUGAUGGUGUGGCGGCCUGUUCUAGUGUGAACUGGGAGGGGGGUUGAAUGUAAGAGAGAGGGGGGGGGAAAGGAAAAAGAGACCUAAAAUGUAACCCCGUGCACCUCGACUGAGGAGGUGAGUUACAUUAGUGCUUCCUCUUUAUUAGAAAGUGGUUUGAGUGAAUUAGAAGUCUGUUUUUGUUUUGGAGGAUAUUUACUCAUCAGUCAUGCUACGCAUCCAUCUGAACUCUAUCAAAAUAAAGGUGUAUUUUAGCUCAUUUUUAUUUUUUCUAAUAUCAGGGAUAUAGGACUAUACAAAGUAGCUUGUGACAUCUUAAACGACAGCACACUUAUUGUGUCUUUCUUCACCUCAUCACUUUUUUCUGUGUGUGUGUUUGUUUUUCCGUUGAUGCCUUUCAAACAAAACUAGCCAUGAUAUUUUCCCCCUCUGACAAUUAAUAUCAGUUAACCUCGCUCCCUUUCAGAUUUGUUCACCAAAAGAAAAGGAAAAAAAAACAAAAAACGUCAUUAACGCUGUACAUUAUUUGUCAGACCGGUUUCAUUUUCAUACUUACUUUGUAAAUAUCUGUGUUGUAUGGAGCUUGAACUAAAAUGUAAAUAUGUUUACUGUAUUUGUAAUAAUUAUAAUCCAUUCGCUGUAUAGCAUAGAUGUGUCAUGCAGAUAUCCUAAUUCUGUGUAUGGUAAUCUUGCACCAUUGAACUGUUUAGUGAAUGAGGCAACAAUAAAAGUGCAAAACGUGCAUUAGCA